CAGGCAUAAAACCGCAGGAAAGAUAAUAAGUUUUAUUAUCAACUAGAAGCCAAAUAUAAUUAGCGAAAUUUUAAUUUCACAAACACGCAUGUAUCUUUCUUUUUACUUUUUACGCAUUGUUCUAAUCUUAAGAGAAUAAAUAAUCUACUGAAAAUCAAAAUGUCAGUGUCGUAUAAAUGCACAUCAUAUCAACCACACUAUUGUUGUUGAUCGAAGACCUUAAUAGUAAAAAAGUAUAAUAUUAGUUUCUUUCUGUUCUGUUUCACAUGAAAACGAAAUAACUAGUUUUUAUGAUACUUAAAAAAAACAAUACAACAACAUUUUUUUAAACACCUUUGUAUAGAAAUAUGAAGUGGGUCAGUUUCUUAUCACUCACAAAAGUAGUAGAAAUCAUAUUUCUCAUUUUAUAGUAAUGAAAGGUAGGGCAAAGCAGAUUUCACAUAUCAAGUAUGGGAACUGUCAUUAUGGCUGAAAUGGAGAAGUUCACGGCCGUAAAACUUUAAAAAAAAAUCUGUCAUAAUGAUAACUGUCAGAUCUGCUUUGUCAGUCGUCAAAUUGUCAAUUCUUGGUUCAGUCUUGCAGUCAUAUCAAGUUCUAAACAUUACAAAAAUACUUCUAUUUUUAGUUUUUCCCACGUUUUGCAUUUGUCUACAUUAAUAGUAUUCCUAAUAUACCCAUUUCUACUUUUAUAUCUUAAGUGGCUUAACAAGUGGACAAGCAAAAUGGGUCGAAAAUCCCAAUCGAAACAAUCGCAGAAGAAAAACAGUGGGAAAGAAAAUAAUAAGCUCAUUCACAAUAGAAAAGAGCUCAAUGUUUUAAUUGAUAAAUUGCUUAAAUUAACCAGCAUUUUUCAGGCCGCGUGCAAUGUUACCAAAAGUUGGGAACACCAUUUGGAAAUCAGUGAAAUCCUAAGGCAAAUAACAAAUAUAGAAUUAGGUUAUAGUAGUAAAAAUAAACGGAGUCCACGUCAAGCAAAUGUGCAGAAUUACUUAAAAUGGUUAAGAGAAAAUGGAGCUGAAUUUGAUGGAGUUGACAUAGCUGAAUUUGAAGGCUAUGAAUGGGGUUUGAAAACAGUAAAAGCAUUUAAUGAAGGUUCAUUGAUACUCACUGUACCUGCUAAGGUUAUGAUGACAGAGAAAAAUGCACAGGAAUCCGAGCUUUCGGAAUUCAUUAAAGUUGAUCCAUUACUACAGAACAUGCCCAACAUUACCCUAGCUCUAGUUCUUUUAUUGGAAAAAAGUAGUCAAGAUUCCUUUUGGAAGCCUUAUAUUGAUAUGUUACCUGAAAAAUAUGCAACUGUUCUAUAUUUUAGUAAUGAAGAAUUGUCCGCACUUAAGCCCUCACCAGUCUUCGAAUCUGCUUUGAAACUAUAUAGAAGUAUUGCAAGGCAAUAUGCAUACUUUUGUAACAAAAUUCAUACCUUGAAUAUCCCAGUGAUGAAAAAACUGCAGGAAAUAUUUACUUUCGAUAAUUACAGAUGGGCGGUAUCUACGGUAAUGACGCGACAGAACAACAUCCAGCUGGGAAACUCUGACGUCACAGCUUUCAUCCCGCUUUGGGACAUGUGUAACCACGAGCACGGAAAGAUAACGACAGACUUCAACAAAGAACAAGACAGGGGUGAAUGUUACGCUCUACGUGACUUCAAGGAAGGCGAACAGAUAUUCAUAUUUUACGGAUCCCGCUCAAACGCUGAUCUAUUCCUACACAAUGGAUUCGUGUACCCUAACAACAGACACGACAGUCUUUCUCUAACUCUGGGUGUGAGCUCUAGUGAUCCACUUCGAGAAACUAGGCUCGCAUUGCUUACCAAACUAGGCUUAUCCGGAGUCACACACUACAAUCUGUACCAGGGAGAGAAUCCGGUCAGUCCAGAACUGUUGGCGUUUAUAAGGAUAUUCAACAUGAACCAAGAGGAGCUUGCCAAAUGGUCUGGCAGUAGUCUACCCAGCGAUCUAGUUUCGUUUGAUCCGACAAGUACUGCUGCUGUUGGCAAUACAUUGGAGAGACGUUCUCACAGCUAUCUGCUGACGAGGUGCAAGCUGAUACGGGCUGCUUAUAAUAAGGACAAGGAAGAAAUUGAACCGGACAACUUACACAGGAAAAAUGUUAAACUUUUAAAGGAAUGCGAAGUACAAAUACUAGACAGUGCCAUAGAGUAUCUGGCGAGAGUUCUUAAGGAUCUAGCAGAAGAAUGACUUUAGCCUCCAAAUGUAUGUGAUCUAUAGUAUUAAGAAAAAUAUUAUGAACAAAUCAAUCGAAUCAUGACAGUAUCUUUCUGAAACUUAUGCGCAAAGCUUAUGAGGGUUUUAUUUUUUUUAACACUUACUUUUUUGUAACUAAUUUAUUUUUUAUUAGUAUCAAUGUAACGUAUUUUUUUUAUUUAAGUAAAUUGUUAAUUUUGUAAGUUUUAUAAAUUUUGUAUUUAAGAUGUGUGCGUUUAUUAAAAAUGUUGAUUUUUUAUCUACAGUGUUUUAUUCAUAUUUCUUUUUUUUAGUCUACAAAAAUGAUAGUUACUUACGAUGACAUCAUAAAUACUUAAACAGCUUUACUCCGUAAAACAUUCCUAAAAGAAAGGUGACAUAUUAUUAUUUAAGCAUUUAGUUGUUUCUUUUAUAUAAUCAAAGAAAGUUUCAAGAUAAAAAUAAUACCCUGUUCCAUAAAUCCCUACUGACAUAUCUUCACUAGUAGGGUUGGACCACUACUUGGAGCAUUUAUCCAUGUAUCCCUACCAGUUGGGAUAUAUGGAACUUUCUAUUCAACAUAUCCCUACGCACGGGUAGGUUAACUGCCGUCACAAUUUUUUUUAAAAUCGCCUGUUACAACUGGGAAUCAAACUCGUGAAAUUUCGAAAAAAAAAACAUGACAUAUUUUAUGAUACCCAUCGAAAGGGUUAAUCAUAAAAAUUAUGUUUUGCUAAAUUAAAUAGCAUUUUAAAUGAAAAGAAUGUCUUAUUACGUGAUAAAAAUAAUAAAGUGAUAUACAAAUUGUACUACAGUAAAAUACGUACUACAGUUUUUAUAUCACUUUAUUAUUUUUAUCACGUAAUUCACAUUCCAUUUAUUUAAAAUGCUAUGUUAUUUAGCAAAAAAUAAUCCUUAUGAUUAACCCUUUCGAUGGUUAUUAUAAAAUAUGCCGUGUUAUUUUUUUCGAAAUUUCACGUGUUUGAUUCUCAGUUGUAGUAGGCGAUUUUAAAUAAAUCUCUGAAUGCAGAUCUAGUUAUUAUUAAAAAU